CAUUGUAAGCUAUGUGGGAUGUUUGUCUGCCUGUAGUGUUCUGCCCUAGCAAAGAGCAUGGCUCAGUCGCUAUUCCUGGUCAACGUCUUCCUCUUCUUCUUAGCAGUGCUGCUCCUUUACCAUUUUAGCAAUAUCUUCAGAUACUACUUCAGGAUUUGCUUUUUAAAAGGCUGGAUACUUGGUUGGUCCUUUUUUCUGCUCCCGGUCCUAGCUCUCUGUGGAAGGAAUGUGGCAAAUAUGAGAGUUCUACGUUUGAUCAUGCUACCUUUGAAGCUCCUUUAUGGCAUUAAGAUCAAUGUGCAGGGAGCUACAAAUUUAAAUCUGAAAGGGCCCUAUGUCCUCAUCUCUAAUCUGCAGUGCUCCUUGGACCUGCUUGGGAUUUUUCAAAUCUUGCCCAAGCGAUGUACCCUUUUCGUCAAGAAAGAGAGCCUGUACAUGUUUACUGUUGGUGUUGUCAUGUGGCUCUGUGGUUUCAUUUUCAUUGACCAUAAGAAGGAAGCAGAAGCUGUUGAGAUUAUGUCAGCAACUGGAGACAUCAUGCUCCGAGACCAUCUGCGAAUAUGGGUAUUUUCUGAAGGCCACAGAACUGGUGAAUCCACCUUGGAGCCCUUGCAAAGAGAAGCCGUCUAUCUUGCAGUAAAGGCCCAGGUGCCAAUCAUUCCUGUGGUGAUGUCCUCCUACAGACCAUUUUUCAACAUGAAGACUAACAAAUUCACAUCUGGUAUUCUGUGGCACUGGGAAUAGCUAAGUC